AUGCUCCCAAUGCAGCGCCUGACUCUGCGGUCCCCUCUGGCAGCUCGUUCUCUUCGCUAUGCAACUAUAUCCCCCAUUGCGCCGCGCAGCACACGAAGAUGUCUCGCAACACAGACAGAAGCUACAGCUACCCUCCCACGGUCUGACGAUAAGAAAGAACGCGUUGUAAUCCUCGGAUCUGGUUGGGGUGGAUACACACUCUCGCGGAGGCUAUCACCAAAGAACUACUCGCCCCUCAUCAUUUCACCUCGCUCCUACUUCGUUUUCACUCCUCUCCUCACCGAUGCGGCAAGCGGAUCUCUUGAUUUCUCGAACAUCGUCGAACCUGUGCGUGAUCCACGCGCCAAGGUCGACUUCAUCCAAGCAGCCGCGCGAGCUGUCGACCUCAAGAAAAAGACAAUCCUGUGCGAAGCAACCGUCGUCAAGAGUGGAGUCACCGAGUCCCCCCGAACAGAAGAAAGAGAAACCGAAGAAGGCCCGGAAACAACAAACAAGAAACCCAUGCAUGACCAGCGUCUAUGGGAACAGGGAGAGAUAUUCGAAGUUCCUUAUGAUAAGCUUGUCAUUGCAGUUGGCGCCGUCAGUCGCACGUUUGGAACUCCCGGAGUGCGAGAGAAUGCCAUGUUCUUCAAGGAUAUCGGUGACGCGAAACGUGUGAAGCGACGUGUGCGAGAAUGUUUCGAGCUUGCCGUCUUGCCAACUACCACAGAAGACAUGCAGAAGCAUUUGUUGAACUUUGCGAUUGUUGGAGCUGGUCCGACUGGUAUCGAACUUGCGGCAUCCUUGCGCGACUUUAUCUAUGAUGACAUGAUGGCUUUAUACCCGAUGCUUGAUGCUGUCCCCAGAAUCACAUUAUAUGAUGUCGCACCCAAGGUGUUGUCGAUGUUCGAUGAGUCACUUUCUCGCUACGCGAUGGAGACCAUGAAGAGCGAGGGUAUCGACAUCAAAACAUCUCACCAUGUCAAAAGCUUGCGAUGGGGCCCCCCAGGCGCUUCGACGAUUCAUGAGAUGGACCCCAAGCGCUGCCUGACUCUUGAGACUGAAGAAGAAGGGCAGGUGGGCAUCGGAAUGUGUGUUUGGGUAACUGGAAACGCGAUGCCCAAAUUCAUCACCCAGUCUCUCGGCACCGUCGACUUCCCAGCCGACUCGGUCAAAUCCAUCGACGGUUCUCCUGUUUCCGCCAAUGCCGAGCAAGAAUCAUGGCAAUUUAAGAAAGGCCCAAGAAAAGGACCACUGCUAGUGGAUGGCCAUCUUCAUGUCCAGCUACAGAACCAAGCUGGCCAGACCGCAGUCCUCAAAGACGUCUUUGCUCUUGGUGACAACGCGAUGCCAGAGACUGGUGCCCCUCCUGCCACAGCACAAGCUACUUUCCAAGAAGCUAAAUGGCUAGCUUCUCGCCUCAACAAGAGUGACCUCGACCAGACUCCAGGCUUCUCCUUCCGUAACAUGGGCACAAUGGCGUACAUCGGAAACGAGCGUGCAUUGAUGCAAAUUCCGCAUGAAGAUGAUGGAAACUCGCGGAGGUAUCUGCCCGAUGGUAUCAAGGGACGCACUGCCUCGCUGGUUUGGAAAGCAGCUUAUAUUACCAUGAGCAUCAGUUGGCGCAACAAGUUCAGGGUGGCUUUCCGUUGGACACUGAACAAGCUCUUUGGGAGAGAUGUCUCCCGCUUUUGA